AUGAAUUGCAGUGGUGGGGAAAAACUACUAUAUAAAUGGGUAAAUUUUUCUUCAGUUUACCAGUUAUUUUCAAAUUUUCAACUGAGACGCAUCGUGUCAGAUUCAAACUUUGGUUUCUUCUGUCAAAUACUAUACUCCAGUCUAAUACACUACGAUAGUAGUACACUAUAUAGUUUCUGUGAAAGAAGAAAAAGUAUACAUCAAUUAUCAAAAAUGAACGGAAUGAUGGCAGCAAACUAUUUUCUUCUACCAAACAACGACGAUGAAUACCCAGAAGAAAUUUUACAAUUAACGCUACCACAACUACCCUCAAAUUAUAUUUGGAUGGCGAUUUCUUGCACUUGCAACAGACAUCAUGUGCACUUCCCAGUACCGAUUGAACAUCCGAUUCAUCACGUUGGCCCUAGUUAUGUUGAAAUUGAUGAUGAAAUACCUAUCGAAGAUGAUCUACCAAUCGGACUAGAAGAAAGGGAACCGGAUGCCAUAAGACGGGAGUAUCGACGGAGACGAUACUUUCAACAUAUGGAAUUCCAACGAAAGGAACAAGAACGUAUAGAACGAAGAAGACGAGAAAUGAGAUAUUUACAACUUGCAGCACAACAUGUUGUAAAUCUAUAUGAAGAAAGAAAUGAAGAAAGAAAUGAAGAAGAAAAUGAAGGGCAAAUAAAUCCACCACCAUUGGAAGCAAUUCCACCAGAAGAUCAGCCGGAACCAAUCUUCUUGGAGGAAAAUCUCAUGGAAGAAAGAAUAGAGCCACCAGUGAACGAACCACCUGAUGUUCACAAUAAUUUAGAAGAAAAUUUAGAUCGUUAA